CAAUCAGACUUGGGUAAAGUUUAUUUUCCAUUAUACGGGUGGACAAUACUUUUCAAAUUUUUAUAAGCACGGGAUUUGGUGGAAUAGAUGGCGCGUCACAAAUAGAGCAGGCCAUUCGUAUAACGUUUUCCUUAGUGCGAGCUUUUUGGAUCAUGGUUACAGUGAAAGUGAAAAGCGAUAAACCAGAAAUUAAAAUGUUAUCAAGGGAAAGCUCAUGUUAAUCAAUCCAGACUGCCAUUAUUAGAGCAGAAUGGAAAUCGUGAGUGCCUGCGAGGAAGCGGAGGAAAUGAUAUUUACUAAUGCCCAAAAGGCAAGUGAGCAAGGAAGGGACUUAAAGAAUAAAGAAUUGACUUCUGUACUACAUGAUCAACUAAGAGCUAUGGACAAUUUUGAUAUCAAUUAUCUUGAACCAGGCCUCCCAUCAGUUUCUGAACUAGCACAGACACACAAAUUUUCUAUUGGGAAGCUACUAAAGAAGACAAGCAUUAAACACACGGCAUCUACAUCAGAGGAUGAAAGAAACUUCCUAAUAUCCCCCACUGCGUUGUCACAAUCAAAACAAUGCUAUAGGAAUAAUUCAAAACUUUAUGCUUCAAAGUCAUUUUACCUAUCAAGAGUAAUUGUACCAUUGUCUGUGAAAAGAACAUCAUCAAUGCCAGUUUCACCUGCGCUGGUUUUAUCUCAAAAUAUUGAAGCAGCUUAUCAGAAGCAACGUACUGAUCAUUCUCCCCUUGUUGUCGCGCUUCGGCGCUAUUGAACGCGUUUUAGCGCUGUUGCAACAAUUUCUUUUAGCGCUAUUGAUCCUAAGAUAGCGCUAUUGAAAAUGUUUCAGCGCUAUUGGAAACAUUUUAGCGCUAUUGUCACAGUUUCAGCGCUAUUGACACACUUCUAGCGCUUUUGUCUUCUCGGAUUUUUCUCUUCUUUCAGCGCUACCGUUUAAAUUAGCGCUUCUGAUCACGCAGACUAGCGCUAUUGUAUGAAUCAGCGCUUCUGCAAAAACACAGAAUAGCGCUAUUGCGACAGAGUGUCGCCCAAAUUGACUUGUAACCAAAAAAUCAGAAUUUAGGCUUGUGGAAG